AUGUCGGCCGACGAAGUGUCGGCUGCAGAGCAGCAAGCCACACGCAGCAGCAAUGACGCUAUGGUACUUUCCAACACCUCGUGUUCCCGCAACCAACUGCAGUACCCACAGCAGCCACUAGACUUGCCGCAGGCCCAAAAGGUCGCUACUACAGCAUACAUGGACCUGGGCUUCUCUGACGUCUCCAGCCCGCGACUUUCCCAAUCAAACCCACCUUCCCAUGUUGUAAACAACAACAACACCGUCGUCGACACCGCCCAAAACAAACCGCCGACCGACGACAAAUCACCCGCAAGCUCGGCCCGCUACCACCCGACAACUGCGCAACCCGCAAGCACCACGCCGGUUGGCUCACCCAAAACAGGAAAAACAACAAAACAAACUCGCAAACCCUCGCCUAACCUCGCCGCACGAUUGAAAGCGCUUGGCUUCACCUCUCACAAGAAAUCGGCCAACCAUUCCCCUAAGCAACAAGAUAACAUUGGGCGUCUGCCUGAAGACCAAAUCCGCCAAAUCGACGAGAACCAUAAGGCGAGUUCUCUCGAGUCCAGGAUCUAUCGUCGUGGCCGCCCGUGGAAGGGCAUCACACCAUCCGACGAUCAGAGACCAACAACCGCAUCCUCGACUGCCUCCAAAGAAGAGCCCUGCACUGGGGUAUUGUCCUUCUCACCAGACGUUGCCCAGGGCACGUCUCUCGUCAUACCCGAGAUAAUAACCACCGGGCCUCUGGACAUGGAGACGCACAAAUACCGCCUGCCCGACCACACAAAUGGAAACGGCACCAAAGUUCAACUCGAAACUCGACGGGAGCAUCUUGAACGUAGCGGUGCUCAGUCCCCCUCCGAUCAGCCACCGCCCCCGCCUCCGAAAGACACGCCGCCCGUUCCUGCAGCAGAGUUCACUCCCGACCUUGCCUCCUAUUUCAACCCCGGUCAUCAGCGACCUGGCUCCAUCUACACGCUUUCGCGCGCAUCUUUCGCCAACCAGCUUGCCCAGCUAACGUCCCUACAACUUCCCGAUGCCGAGUCCUUAUCAAGCCAGGUGUCUGCUAUCCCGACCGCCCAGGUCGCAUCGAAAGCUCUCAUUAACGCUGCUGAACAGAUAAGGAGCUGGAUUUACAAGGCGUCCGAGGUCAUCAGUGGCUUGGACAGCGACGAUGACGUCGAGUGGGCCGCCGCGGGUGGCCGUGAAGGAUUAGAGGAAGUGGAAAACGCCAUCCAUCGUUUUGAGAAGUUGAUCAAAGUUUAUGUCGGUGCCAUCGAGGAACUGCAAGGUCGCGAAGACAUUGCCAACGUACCACCCGAGGAUCUCUUUCGCGCCGUUUCUCAAAUGGAGUCCAUUAUCGAAGAGUGGGCCAAUAUCAAAGCGUCGUUAAACGUCGUCAAAGGACAAGUCGAAAUCGCAAUGGAGUGGGAAGAGCUCUGGAAUAAUGUUCUUGGAGAUAUCCAGAGCGAGAUGGACGAGCUAAGCCGUCUGGUUUUCGAAAUGGAGGAACGCCGCCACAAGUCUUUGAUGGCUGCCGCUGGCGGCGACGGUGUCGAUAUUGGAGAUCUUGAAAAUAUUGUCGACGAUGCUCCUCCACCGGUAGCUCGGACGCAGGCGCAGAAUCGCUUCAGCGUUACUGGCGUGCCGCUCAGCCCCGGUCCAGCCUCGCCAGGAAUGCUUGCUCUGUCGCAAGACGAUUCGAGCCUGUUGGCCCUGUUCGCCCGAAUGCAGCCACUGCGCGCGUCUUUGGACUUUCUACCGAUGAGACUUGCCGUCUUCGCCGCUAGAGCGGAGAAGUCUUUCCCUACAGCCUGCGAGGAGUUGGAUAUGCGACGGACGGGUCUUGAUGGGAGCUACAGAAAGUUGGAAAAGGACGCCGAAUCCCUUCGCAAGGAGCUGGGUGAAGACCGAUGGGUCAUUGUCUUCCGUGGCGCUGGAAGACAGGCUCAGAAGAUGAUCGAGUCGGUCGAGAGGUCCAUGCAAAAGCUCAGGGAGGCCGUCGAUACCGGCAUGCAUUUGAGCAACCCGCCGAGCAUGAUCAAAAAGAUUGAGGGUUACGACGCCAAGAAAACGCAUUACGGCCCGGCCAUCGAGCGCGUCCUAGCCAUCAUUGACAAGGGCGUCAAAGACCGGUUGACGGUUAACGGUGAAAUUUUACGCCUCCACGCGGAGAUGCAGUCCAAGUGGGACUCUCUCAAGGACGAAAUGAGAGAGAUGGAUGUGGUUGUAGACGAGGUGCAAGCGGAUACCCGCGGUCAGCAGUUGAGGGACUCCAUCUCCAGCAUGUUGUCGAAUGAUCGCUCAACAAUAGGUAGCGGCCACGACACACCGGGCAGCUCUCCGCCUUCCUCCGUCAUCAUGUCAAGCCUCGGGUUUGAGCCCUCGACUCCUGCCAACAGGUUCGCCAAAAACCGUUCGAUGAGCACCAACAGUUACCUACCACAGCCAGCCAGUAAGAGGCAAUCAUCGUUGCCGACGCCAUCUUCACAGCUGUCGCGCAAGCCCUUGAGUUCCCGAUUGUCAAACAUGACCUCAAGGCUCGGCUCACCAUCCUCGGGCAAUAUUCCCAGACCUCAGUCAACUCAACCCAACCGUCCUAGGUGGAACAGCUCGACCAACACUGCGGACGUUGGCAUUGGCCACAACUUCAAGCCUUUGACACUCACAUGCCCCAGCCCGUAUGCCAAGAAGACCCCACCCAUUGUGCGGCCGCCAUCCUCGUUAACCCCAGGAACCUACUCGCCUGGAGGUUCAAGGGCGCCGAACCUCCGUACCCCCUUGACUCGGGAGUCAUCCGCGUCACCCAUGCCCGAGGACACGCCCACUAAGAGAGCUCCCUCGAAACUCUCCUUCCGAGAGCGUUUGGCUUCGCCCGGGCCGUAUUCCCAGCAGACGCUUUCCAAACCACGCUCGUCAUCGUCUGUCUCUGCCUCGACCUUGGGCCUCGAAUCACAGUCGAGCCGGCGUGCGUCUUUGCAACCACCCAAGUUACAAUCUUUUGCCGACAGAACUGUACCAAGCCGCCCUGCGAGCUCUAUGGCUUCCGGUCGGCGGACUAGUCUUCUGCCGCAACCCAAGACCAGUGUGACGAGCAGCAGGGAAAUCCCUGAGGAGCGCACAACUUCACGCAGCACUACGCGCAAGACUCUUCCUGAGCUGUCACAGAGCUCAACGAGCAACAAGCCUCGGUGGCGGGGUUAG